AGCUGAGCCCCGCACGCCUGUCCCUGUGCUUCGGUUAAAGGCCCCUUCCCGGUUCCUCCUGCCGUGGGGGGAUUUCUAGGAGCCCUGUCCCGCGUGGAGGCUCGGGUGUUGGUGAAGUACGAGCUCACCGCGCGAACUUCCCGUCAAACCGGGCUCGCUAGGGGCCCCGCCGCCGCCCUUCUUCUCCACGGGACCCCGGCUGCGUUGUUUACUCUGCUGUCAGAUUUGCCUCGCCAUCAGCCAGCCCGUUCAGAAGACCUGGGAAGGAGACCGGUGUCACCCCAGGGAGCAUGGCAAUCCUGAUCUUGUUUCCGCAGGAAUCCAGGUUUCAGAAGCAAUGGUGCUCCCAUGUAGAAGUCCAGCGUUGUAAAUCCCGAUUGUUCGCAUCCUAUGGUCAUUGUUUUUCCAAAUUGCUCUGAAAUUUGCCUAGAGAAGCAGCAUCCUCAGCAAAUAUUUUCCUUUGCACUGUGAAAGGAUUGUACAGCUGUUGCUGUUUUCUGUUAAAAUUGUGUAUUUUUGUCUGUACGUUUGCAUGAGGCAUCCGGUGCAAGGGAAUGCUCACUUGCAAUUUCAGUGCUUUUUUUUUUUUUUUUCCAGUUUGUCCAAAGCAUUACAACUAAAAGUGAUAAAAGCAACUGUAAGUGCAGUAUCUUACCUGAAUAUGAAAGUGGGGCAGUCGCAGAUUGUUCACGGCCCUUUUCACAAUGCCUCUUAGAUUUUCCUGAGCGAGAGAUGCUUUUAUUUUUCAUACCUGAAUUAUUUCCCAUCUUUUUUUCCAAUGUUUGUUUCGUUAUUUGUUUUUUGAACUUGCGUAAAUGUUUGGAACGGUUGGAACAAAACAUUUUGCUGUGCCUUGAGUGAGAAGGUGUUGCCUUGUGCUUGGACAGGUUGGUUGGUCUCUCCCACUCCCUGCCCUGGCACAGCAGGAAGCAGUGUGUAAUCAUUCCCUGUUCACUCACGAACAUGUGAAGUGAACAAGUCUUAGGAAAGGUCUUCUGACAGUUUGUAGUGUGGAUGUGCUUUCAUUGAGCGGUUUCCAUUUUCUUCUACUUUUUAAUUGUUUGUUAACUUCUGAGGUUUCCUUUCAUUCCCUGCAGCUUUCUUUUUUAUUUAGGCUGCUCUAUUGAAGGGUCUGAAAAGCAAAGUAGUCUCUAUCAAUUUUGUUUACUAGCAGCUUCUUUACCUAGUUCUACACUUACACAAUUUUCUUCUGUAAACCCAUGUUGACUCUUUUCCAUGGAGUAAUCUUUAUGCAUCUAUCUACUAGUUCUGCUUUUUAUUGUCAUUAUUACCAUUUUACAGUGAUAGAAUUUUGUUAAACAGAUUGUGGUUAUAUUAAAUGUACGGUUAAUUUGCUCACUGUUUGCAUUGUGUUUUAGGCUGACAUCAGCUGGUCAGUGAAUGGCAUGCCCCAAGGGACUAUUAAACAGCCCCUGGGGUAUAUUCCAAUCAUGGUGAAGUCCAAGUUGUGCAACCUCUAUAAUCUUUCUGCACAAGAGCUCAUACAGCACCAUGAGGAGGAAGAGGAAAUGGGAGGCUACUUUAUAAUUAAUGGCUUAGAAAAAGUUAUUAGGAUGCUGAUUAUGCCCAGGCGAAAUUUCCCUCUUGCAAUGACAAGACAUAAAUGGAAAAACAGAGGCCCUGGUUUCACAGAAUACGGAGUAGUGAUGCACUGUGUUAAGGAUGAGCACACUGCAAUAAAUAUGAACCUUCACUACUUGGAAAAUGGUUGUGUCAUGGUGAAUUUCAUUUUUCAGAAAGAGUUGUUCUUCCUUCCCUUGGGAUUUGCUCUGAAGGCAUUAGUUAAUUUCCCAGACUACCAAAUUUUUGAAGAGUUGGUCAAAGAAAAGGAAGGUGACAGCUUUUAUGUGAACUGUGUUACUGAGAUGAUGAGAGCGGUAGUGGAUGCAGGCUGUUUCACACAGCAAAACGUCCUCGAAUACCUGGGAAAGAGCUUCAGAAUAAAACUUAACCUUCCUGAGUGGUAUAGCAAUGAGCAGGCUGCAGAUUUCAUUUUGAACAAGUGUAUCUGCAUACACCUGACAAACAGAACUGAAAAGUUCUACCUGCUCUGUAUGAUGACCCGGAAGCUGUAUGCUUUUGCCAAAGGGGAGUGCAUGGAGGAUAAUCCAGACAGUCUGAUGAAUCAAGAAGUGCUUACCCCAGGCCAGCUUUUCCUUAUGUUUUUAAAGGAGAGGCUUGAAAGCUGGUUGCAAUCUGUUAAGUUCGUAUUGGAGAAAAGAACAGAAAAGGCAGAUAUCAGCAUAAAUGCAGACAGUUUGGUGAAGGCGUUCAGCCUGGCAACAGACUUUACCAAGCCAUUUGAAUAUCUUCUUGCAACUGGUAACCUGCGAUCUAAAACCGGCCUGGGCAUGUUACAGGACAGCGGUCUCUGUGUGGUGGGAGACAAGCUGAAUUUCAUUCGCUACCUUUCCCACUUCCGCUGCAUACACAGAGGGGCAGCGUUUUCCCAGAUGAGAACUACAACUGUCCGCAAGCUGCUGCCCGAAUCCUGGGGGUUCCUGUGCCCUGUGGACACCCCAGAUGGAGAACCCUGCGGUCUGAUGAACCACAUGACAGCUGUGUGUGAAAUAGUGACGGAGAUGGUGCCUGUGACAGACAUUCCACCUUUGUUAUGUUCCCUAGGUGUCACCCCCAUUGAUGCGACUCCAAGCAAGCCUUAUGCGGAGUGUUACAGAGUUGUGUUGGAUGGUGCUGUGGUGGGCUGGGUAGAGUGGGAGCUGGCUCCUGAGAUUGCAGAAACCCUCCGCCGUUUCAAGAUAACACAAGAAAAGAGGUUUCCUGCACGGGCAGAAGUUGUCCUUAUCCCAAUGACAGGAAAACCCAGUCUGUAUCCUGGGUUGUUCAUUUUUACUACCCCUUGCCGGAUGGUGCGGCCUGUCAGAAACCUGUUCUUUGGAAGGAAUGAAUGGAUUGGUACUCUGGAACAGAUCUUCAUGAAUGUGGCCUCACUGGAGUCGGAGGUGGUGCCUGGAAUAACCACUCACCAGGAGCUCUUCCCUCACAGCAUUCUGAGCGUGGUGGCCAACCUUAUCCCCUUCUCCGACCACAACCAAAGUCCACGAAACAUGUACCAGUGCCAGAUGGGAAAGCAAACCAUGGGGUUUCCAGUUUAUAACUAUAAGGACCGCUCAGAUAACAAGCUGUACCACCUCCACACUCCCCAGAGCCCUCUGGUGCGGCCCAGCAUGUAUGACUAUUAUGGUAUGGACAGCUAUCCGAUCGGCACCAAUUCAAUUGUGGCUGUCAUCUCCUACAGUGGCUAUGACAUGGAAGAUGCAAUGAUUGUGAACAAAUCUUCCUGGCAGAGAGGGUUUGCCUAUGGAAGUGUUAUCAAGAUGGAGAGCAUUGACCUUUCCCUUAAAGCCAGCAGGGCAGGCGAUAAUUUAGUAUUUGGCAUCAGGCCCGGCGAUCCAAAUGUUACGGAGAAGUUGGAUGCCGAUGGCUUGCCUUUUGUUGGCUCUAUCCUACAGCCUGGGGACCCCUUUUACAGCUUCAUGAACCUCAGCACAGGGGAGACCUUCACUGUGUAUUACCCGAAUAAGGAAGUCGGUAUUGUAGACAACGUCAGGUUAUGCAGUAAUGACCGCGGCACUGGGAAAUUCAAGAAGGCUUGCAUCACUGUGAGGGUUCCCCGAAAUCCAACUGUCGGAGACAAAUUUGCCAGCCGUCAUGGACAGAAAGGUAUCCUGAGCCAGCUCUGGCCAGUUGAGGAUAUGCCAUUCACAGAGAACGGGAUGGUUCCAGACAUCCUCUUCAACCCUCACGGCUUUCCCUCCCGUAUGACCAUUGGGAUGUUAAUCGAGAGCAUGGCAGGGAAGUCGGCAGCGCUGCAUGGUGUCUCCUAUGAUGCCACUCCCUUCACCUUCACAGAGAAGAACUCCGCUUUGAAAUACUUUGGUGAGACUUUAGUGAGUGCAGGUUAUAACUACUUUGGGACAGAAAAGAUGUACAGCGGCAUCAGCGGCCUGGAGCUGGAGGCAGAGAUCUUUGUGGGAGUGGUGUACUAUCAGCGCCUGCGCCACAUGGUCUCGGACAAGUUCCAGGUGAGGACAACGGGGCCCCGAGACGCUGUCACCAACCAGCCCGUCAAGGGAAGGAAUGUGGAAGGUGGGAUUCGCUUCGGCGAGAUGGAGCGUGACGCUUUGCUGGCUCACGGCACGUCUUUCUUGCUGCAAGACCGCCUCUUCAACUGCUCCGAUGGCUCUGUAGCCUAUGUCUGCAUGAGCUGCGGCAGCAUGACAUCCCCUGUGCUGGAGAAACCGCCACACUCCUCCUCUGUGACAAGCAACAGGAGGUACUCCUGCUCUGUCUGCAGCGAGGUGGACACGAUCGAGGUUGUCCCUGUGCCCCAUGUCUUCCGUUACUUUGUGGCAGAGCUGGCAGCCAUGAACAUAAAAACAAAGCUCAACCUGGAGUAGCUCUGUCCUCAGGCACAGCGAUGCUGCUGCUGGGAGGAAGGAAGCACGUGUCAGUCCUGCCUUUGCCCCCUGCGGGUUUCAACUGUUACGUCAGUUCUCAGGUUCUUCAAACGUUUGCAAGAUUAAGUUGAUGUUUAUAUUGAGACAGGGGCAAUCAUCAAGCUGUAUGGUGAGGAAACGCAGCUCUGUUGAAGUUCAUUUGCACUUCCUAAAGGAUCAGUAGUUACUGAGAUGUGGCGCAUGGAAAUCAAGCAAUACCACUGCUCCCACCAGGCUGCUGGGCUGAGGGCGGUGGGGGUUCUUCAUUUUCCGAGCACUGGCUGCAGCUGCAAAGAUUAAGAGGUCAUAAAACAGCAUGAAGUGAAUGCUGGAAAUGAUGGAAAAGAGAGAGAUCCAUUUUGUUUUUUGAAGAAAAAUCCUUGCAAAACGUAUGCCUUAAUGAUGGGUACGUGUUAAAGUGAUUGGAUGUGUUUUGUUUUGCUUUAUUUCAAUACAUACGCCUUGAAACUCAGGAAGAAGGCACAAAGUUCUACUGCAUGAAACUGCAGCCUUGACCAGAAGAGACCAAGGUGGCUGGGCCAGGCCUGUCCUGGGAGUGUUUGGUGUCGCUGAGCCCAGCACCAGUCCUGGUGCGGGACCACAGUGGUGGU